AUGCAUGACGGUACCCACCGCACAUUUGAAAAUGAAGACAAGUUACCAAAUUUGCCAGUGCCACCUCUCGCGGCUACUGUUCAGCAAGCCUUGGCGGCUUUGAAAGCAAUUGUGACCCCUGAGGAAUAUGAGGAAGUAUUGAAGGAAGCGAGUGAUUUUCUAGAUCACGAGUUGAUCCAGUUGAUCCAAUCGCACUUGGUUGCCAUUGCUGAGGAUCAAGAGAAGCAUAAUAGCUAUCUUGACGUUGUCAACAACAACAUGACCCCUGCCAUUUACAGUGUUAGCAAGAGUGACAUCUUGCCCAAGAACCCGUACCUUAUAUUGGAAGAAGAUCCUUAUUCGAAAACCAUUCAUCCUCCCAAUCAAGCGGAAAGGUCUGCUAAUUUGGUUAAUUCAACUUUGAAAUUCAUUGUUACUUUGAGAAAUGGUACGUUGAAGCCCGAUGUGACGCCAAAGAACAAGAGUCCCUUGACCAUGUCUUGCUACAAGAACUUGUUUGGAACUUCAAGAGUGCCGGAUUUUGAAGGUGGCAGUUCCGAUAUCAGCAUGAGAAAGUAUCAGGACAUUAAUGACUCGAGACACAUCUUGAUCAUUUCAAAUAACCAGUUUCACGUCUUGGAAGUGUUGACGGAAUAUGACGAAGACGAGUUUGCUGAAUCGGGAACAAAGCACAAAGUAAUCUUCCACGAUCACGAGUUGGCUGAAAUUUUCCAAAAAAUCAUUGACGAUUCGGAUGUGGUUGACCCUGUGGAGUCCAUCAACAACUCGAUUGGUUCGAUCACUUCGCAAAACUUGAAGAAUUGGAGAGAGGCAAGAUACGAGUUGGAAAAGUCCAAUGCGACUCAAAUGCAAUUGAUUGAUGACGCCUUGUUUGUGUUGGUUUUUGAUUCAAACUCACCGGUUGGCGAUCAGGACAAGACCAUGGUGAUUUCACAUGGUACCACUGUUCUUAACGAGUUGAAUGUCCAAAUCGGUACCUGUACUUCCAGAUGGUACGACAAAUUGCAAUUGGUUGUUACUAGAAACUCCGUUGCCGGGGUGGUUUGGGAAUCGUUGACGAUGGACUCGACGGCUAUCUUAAGAUUUAUCAGUGAUAUCUAUACAGACUCGGUUUUGAAAUUGGCCAAAAACAUCAAUGGUUCCGAAUACACCUUGUUUGAUCCGAAAGUCACCUAUGCUCCAUCGCAGAUUGCCAAGCCCGAGGCGCUCAAAGUCCCAUUCACCAUUACCAACGAGUUGUUGCACCUUAUACAUCUUUCCGAAACUCAUUUGGCAGAUCUCAUUUCUCAACACGAGUACAAGACUCACACCAUCAAAUUGCAAACGCGAUUGGCAGCUAAAUUUGGAUUGUCGGUUGACUCGAUUUUACAGAUUUGUUUUCAAAUUGCCAACUACUCAUUAUACGGUAGAAUGGUCAACACGUUGGAGCCAAUUACAACUAGAAAGUUUAAGGAUGCGAGAACCGAAUUGAUCCCCAUUCAAAACGAGUCGAUUGAAACCUUGUGCAAGCUUUACAUCACUAGUCCCAAUGGCGAUGAAAAGUUUAAAUUGUUUAAACAAUGCUGCGACCUGCACUCGAAACAGUACCACGACGCGAUGCUAGGCAAGGGUUUUGAAAGACAUUUCAUGUCCAUUGUGCAAAUUUUGAAUAAACCCGAAGCGGCACGUAGGUUGAAUGCAAUCAACAAGCACUUGCCACCAAUCCCGGACUUUGUUGCUCGUGAAAUUAGAUUGCCGUUCUUGUUCAGUUCAUGUGUCGAUACGUUGCUGAGACCAGAGCUUUUGAUUUCAAACUGCGGUAACCCUGCAUUGAGAUUGUUUGGCAUCCCGCCAGCUAUUGACCAAGGUUUUGGAAUUGCUUAUAUUAUUCACCAGGACAAGAUUAAGAUUACCGUUUGCUCCAAGCAUAGACAAACUGAUCGAUAUUUGGACACCUUCCAUCGUGUUGUUCACGACUUGAAAGUCAACAUGAGAGCCAGAACUUCAUCUGCUCAAAUGUCAAUAAGUGACUCUGAGCAAAAAAAGUUGGAGUCGCAGAGAUUAAGGGUCGAGCACGAAUUGAGCACUACUUCCUUGGAUACAGCUACAACGCACCCUAUCCAGAUAGAUUUUGAGAGCGAGAAGCCAGAAGCUAAACCGCACUCCGAGCGCCAACCAGAAGCCGCAUCGAAGAGGAAACGUAAGGAUUCAGAGAGCAGCGAGAAUGAUGAUGAGGAAGCCGAUGGCGAUGACGAAGAUUUUGAACUUAUGGGCGGUUAUGGGUACUUUGACUAUGGGGACUUGAAACAAACCGAACAGAUUAGAAACCGUGGCUCCUCCUACUUUAGCAGCCAGGCACAUUCAACAGUGUCAAGUGCUCUUAGUUCAGCCAACCAUUCAACGGUAAACUUGCACCACCCAGGAUCAAAGAAUGAUGUUUACGAUGUCAAACAGAAACUAUUGUUGUCUGAAAGGAUCAGAGACGAGUUGUCUCAUAGUGUUGACAGCUUCCCAAAGACUGACGUCAAGGUGGAAACAGUUGGAGAGACCCCUCUUGAAGAUGCCGAAGAUGUGAGCAUAUCUUAUGUCUCACCAUUUGUCCAUAAGAGCACCGUCGGUAGGAGUCUUCAAAUUAACCACUACUAA